UAUCAAAAUACUUCCUGUUCAAUAUGGCUGCUACAGUUCUCUCGAAACCGAAAGACAGGAUGCACGAAAAACAAAACAGAUACAUUUACCAUCUUCCAUACAGUAUAACAAGACAAAUUGCUCAAAAUUUAGACAUCGACAAUGCAUGGCAACAUUUAGCUGCUGAAAUAGGUUACACCCAUCAGCAAGUGAGGGUAUUUGAAAUGGAACAAAGGCGACCUGGAGUAAGUCCUUCUCAGCAAAUGUUAACAGACUGGCAAGCUAAGAAUCCUACAGCACAAGAUCUUCAUGACAAAUUACACAAGAUUAACAGGAGAAGAGAGAUGCAAAUAUUAGAGGCAUGGUUUACAAGUGAGUCAGAAGAUACUCAGUCAUUUUAUUCCCCAAAGAAAGUGAACAGUAAUGAUGACAGGACAGCAUCUCAAAUACAAGCAGCUUUAGACAACUUUGAUAGCAAAAGCAUUAAACCUCCAGGGAAAGGACAAAACAGAAAGACUUCCCAGCCAAAAGUUGAAGACGUCAAUGUCAAUUUAAACAGAUGUGAUACAUUCAAAGACAAAAUGGAAAUGGGGAGUAAACAUUUAGAUGGAGGAUUGAUUUCUAAACCUUCAAUGAAGAAACAAAUGAGCAAAGAAGUUGAAAGUGAAGACAAAACAAUAAUGCAUGAAGUAGGAGUGAGUGGGCCAGGAAAAAGUAUGGACAAUAUGGCCUCUAAUACGGCAUUAAGACAGAGAUUACAAAAUAACAAAAGUUCCUCAGGGUACCAAAAAUCCAAAGACAUUGAUGAUGGUUCCUCAAGUUACCACAAAUCCAAAGAUAAUGAUGUUGAUUAUUCAAUAGCUUUAAAUGGAAUUCAUGGUUUUAGUUACAAAGAAAUUGUUCAAGCAACUAAUGGAUUCAGUGAUGAAUAUUUAAUUGGACAGGGUGCCUAUGGAAAAGUUUUCCAUGCAGUUUUGAAAAAUACUAAAUGUGCUGUUAAAAAACUAUUUUCAAGAGAAGAUGUGAAUGGUAAUAUAGAACAGCAAGUCAAAAGAGAGCUAGCAACUUUAAGCAAGUAUAGACAUAACAACAUAGUGUUGUUGUAUGGAUAUAUGAUUGACCAACCAGAUGUCUCCAUGGCUGAUGUUUGUCUAGUAUAUCAGUUAAUGCCUAAUGGUUCUCUAGAAGAUAGAAUAGCAUGCAAGAACAAUACCCCUGCAUUAACAUGGAAACAAAGACUAGGAAUCCUGAGAGGUGCUGCCUGUGGUUUACAGUUCUUACAUACAUUGACAGAUACACCACUCAUACAUGGAGACAUUAAAAGUGGGAACAUUCUAUUAGACAGCAACUUUGAAGCCAAAAUAUCAGAUUUAGGUAUGGCACAACAUGCCACAACUGGUUCCGAGACUGGUCUCCUGACACAUAUCACAAAGAAACAGGCUGAUACUAAACAGUAUCAGACCAGGGCAUAUCUGCCCCCUGAGGCUCAAAGAGGGUCUAAAAUGUCAGUCAAAGGAGAUACUUAUUCAUAUGGUGUAGUUAUUUAUGAAGUCUGUACAGGGGAGAAAUCCUAUGAUGAGAGAAGAGAAGGAAGUGAUAAUAAAUUUUUGGUUGAGUAUAUAAUUGAAAUGGUUGGUGAUAAUGAAGAGAAAUUUUACAACAUGUGUGAUCAAAAUGAUAAAAACAUUCCUCAGGAUUUGUAUAAUUCUGUGUUCAAACUGGCUCAAGCGUGUACAUCAAAAUUAAAGAAAGGUCGACCAGAAAUGAAAAUGGCAUUUACAGAUUUAGAAAAACUAGAGGAGGAUUUUAUGAACAGUUUUAAUAGAAGAAAUGGAGUCUAUGAUUCAGUCAACACAAUUGAGCAAACAACUAUGCAGUAUUCAAAUGUAGUGGAUGCUAGUUCUCACGGUGGAUGUGUGAUUAUUGAUCCUUCAAGUCUUGAUCCAUUUUUGGCAUCCAUGUUGUCUCAACUCCCGCCAGGUCAACCUAUACCUGAACCUUUACUACUCCAGAUGGGAUAUGAUCAUAGAGUUCCCGGUACUUUUGCAACGGAACUCCAAGUGCAACAGAAAUUAGCAGAGAUUAAAAAGUAUGAAGAGGAAUUCAAUGGUACUAAGGAAAUGGUUGUUGUUGAGGAAAAUGAGGAGGUUAUUCAAACUGAGGAAAACACAUAUGAAAAUAGUGAUGAAGUUGCAAAUAUUGAAGAAAACAAUGCAAAUGAAACCACUGAAUCAUCUCUUGAAUGUGAAAAUGAGGAAUCGCUUCAGCAAGUGGAUGAUCAUCAACCAGAGUGUGAAGAAGAACUUGAUUUGGAGCAAGAACGAAUGGACCGUGAAGAAAGACGAUCAGAAAAUCUGAAGUUAGUUUCAGAAGAAGACCCUGUAGUGAAGGAAAAGUUUACAAAAUCUAGAGACGAUUUCUUUGCACGAUUUCAGCAGCAAUUAAUGUUUGCCACUCAGUAUUCUGAUGAAUCAGUGUGUGAAAACGAAGAAGAAGAUGACGAUGAAGAUAACACUUUAGUGAACAAUGACGAUGUACAAAGCCAAAAUACGGCUUAUAUGUAUAAUGAUCAAAAUGAAGAACAAUAUGAUUCAAAUCAGUUGUUCAGUCAAAUGGAUGAUAAUGUUGAUGCUCCCAUUCAAAACACGGAAACAAAUAGAAAUUAUGAUAAUGGAGAUAAACUGGAUGCACACAGACAGAAAUGUGAUAACUACCAAAGUAUUGCCAGAGAAAUGAGCGACGAAAAUGGAAAAGUUGUAGGAGAAUUAAUCGAACGCGAUCAAAGACCUUUCGAAGGAGACAUUUGUGAAAGUGAAAGUGAAAACUCUUUGAUCAAUGACUUUGGUACAGCUUUAUCAAUAGAAACUGAUGGUGAUGUUAAUGUUAACUUAAAUGUCAUCCCAAACCAGUUAUCACAGAAAAACAAUUUUACUUGGCAACAGCUCCAAAGGAGACCUGAGGCCUCAGAAGGGGAAUGCUAUGUGUAAAUAAAUGUUGUUUUUUUUUGUAUGAGUUAAAACCAACUUAGAUAAAGUCAUCUUUGCAUUUACUAUUUGAAACUACUAUGGAUUCAUUUAUUUUCGAGGAUAUUAAUUUUCGUGGAUUGCUAAAAAUAUGCAUAUUCGUGGAUAUUUGAUUUCGUGGUUUUGUUAAUCUCUGUAUACAAAGCCUAUUGAAAAUAUGAUAUUUGUUGAACAUUUGAAUUCAUGGUUCACAUGAACCCACGAAACCCACGAAAAUUGGUAUCCAACGAAUAAUGAUGAAUCCACAGUAUUGCUAAAACCUUUCACAUUUAAUCAGUAAUACUGCACUUUAUACUAUAGAAUUCAUACUAACAACAUAGAAUUGAAAGGUUUUUUUACAUGUUAGAGCUAUAGUGCUAUAGUGUGGUUAACAUUUUUUUAAGUAGUUUCCUCUGAGAGAGAGAAAAUGACCUAGAUUUUUCAUGUCAAUAAAGAUUAAAACAAAAAUAAGUGCUACUAAACAUUAAUU